GUCAAGCUUAAUCCACGUGGCUGGUACAGACACAUUUCAAUGAGAAUCGAGUACUAUGGUUGUGUCGCUGAUCGUUGCGAUGUUCCCCUUGGAGUCCGGGACGGUCGCGUCACACGCGCAAUGUUCACCGCCUCAUCCAUGUACAACCACUACUACGGUCCUUGGAGCGCAAGACUUCAAGCUCAGAAUCAUGGUGUAACCAGAGGAGGCUGGGUCGCUAAGUACCGCAACACUCGUCAAUGGCUACAGAUUGACUUAGGAACUACUUCCAGAGUAAAGAGGAUAGCUACCCAAGGCCGGUAUGAUGCCAACCAGUGGGUGAAGUCUUACACUGUAUCGUAUAGCAACAACGGUGUGAGGUUCUAUCCUUACAGACACGGAAGGAGAGUAAAGAUAUUCCAAGGCAACACCGAGAGAUAUUAUGUAGUGUACCACAGGUUUCGCCCGUCCAUCAAGGCCCGCUAUAUACGUAUUCACCCACGGACUUGGUACAGCUGGAUCUCUAUGAGGGUUGAACUUUACGGCUGUCGACUGGGUGUCCUCUGCAACCGACCAAUGGGAAUGCAGACAGGGCGCAUCAAGAACUACCAAAUCACGGCGGCAUCCAUGUGGGAUACAUUCCAUGGUCCUUAUCUGGCAAGACUCCAUCGGCCGCGUCGGGGACGAUACAUAGGGGCCUGGUCAGCAAAAUACAAUAACCAUUACCAGUGGCUGCAAGUGGACUUUAAAAGAGCAGCGAAGAUCAUUAAGAUAUCUACACAGGGACGGCAGGAUACUUACCAGUGGGUUACACAGUAUUACGUCACCAGGAGUCUCGACAGAGUUCACUUUAUGCCAUAUAUGGAAAGGAAUAGCAUUAAGUACUUCACGGGAAACCGUGACCAAAAUACUGUUGUCACCAACUCCUUUGUUCCUAUACUGCGUUGUCGUUACAUCCGGGUCCGUCCCAGAGGAUGGUACAAACACAUAUCCAUGAGAGUAGAGUUUUACGGUUGUUUCACAGAUCGGUGUGUUAUGCCUUUGGGUAUGGAAGAUCGUCGUAUCCUAUCGGGUCGUCUUCGUGCCUCGUCGUCGUACAACUACAACCACGGACCCGACCGAGCGCGUCUGAACAUCAUUAAUGGUCAUGGACGAACAGGGGCCUGGGUAGCCAGGCUUCGAAGUGCCAACCAGUGGCUACAGAUUGACUUGGGCCAGAGUAGUAUCAUAAAAGGAAUCGCUACACAAGGAAGGAGAGAAGCUAAUCAAUACGUGAGAAGUUACACACUCUCGUAUAGUCGCUUUGGAAUGAGAUUCAAGGCUUAUGUAUCCUACGGAAGAGUUAAGGUAUUCCGAGGUAACUACGACAUUUAUCAUACGGUGGGGCACAAGAUCAUGCCAGCAGUAAAAGCACAGUUUGUCCGAAUUUACCCAAAGUCGUGGUACAGCUAUAUAGCCAUGCGUGUGGAACUUUAUGGAUGUCGCCUGCGCGAACGAUUUUGCGACAGUCCUCUUGGCCUUCAAAACAAUCGAAUCAAAAAUGCCGCCAUUACAGCCUCGUCUCGGUGGGAUGCGAACCAUUCUCCUUGGUUGGCGCGACUUCAUCGUCCGCGUCGAGGUCGGUUUAUUGGGGCCUGGUCCUCUAGACACAAUAAUCAUAACCAAUGGCUGCAGGUAGACCUGGGAAGGUCAAUGAAGGUGACGGGAAUUGCUACUCAGGGUCGAUACGACGCUGACCAGUGGGUUACGGCGUACUAUCUGUAUUACAGUGCGGAUGGAGUCAACUUUGCCAAAGUAAAGCAUUGGUGGAAUUAUGUUAAGACUUUCCAAGGCAAUCGAGACCGACUGUCUGUCCAAACACAUCCAAUUGAUCCACCACUGUACGGCCGAUAUGUUCGAGUGAUACCACGAGGAUGGAAGUCCCACAUUUCCAUGAGACUGGAAUUGUAUGGAGCACCAUGGAAUCGUUGUGACAUGCCACUCGGUGUAGAGGACGGCCGUGUUCCAGAUCCACUCAUGCGCGCCUCAUCGUUCUACAACUACUACUGCAGCCCGUUUAAUGGUAGACUUAACAGACGACGUUAUGGCCGAUACGGAGGGGCCUGGUGCGCAAAAAGACGAGACAGACGUCAGUGGCUGCUGAUAGAUUUUGGCGCGGCUACCAAAGUAUCACGUGUUGCCACUCAGGGAAGACAGAACUCCGCUCAGUGGGUGACGAGUUAUUACAUAUCGUACAGUAAAAAUGGGUAUAAGUACACACCUUAUAGAGAGGGCAGGCGUACUAAGAUAUUCCAGGGUAAUUAUGAUCGGUACAUUAUCGUUCGUCACAAACUGGCGAGACCCAUAACAGCACGCUUUUUCAGGAUUCAUCCAGUCACGUGGUACGGCUGGAUCUCAAUGAGAGUGGAAUUUUAUGGUUGUGUAGUCGGUAAGUGUACACUUACAUCCGGGCAUCAGUAAUAAUGGGUAAAUCAUAGGUAGCAUCAGUUGAUUCAAAACUCCUAAAACUUUUUUAUCUGUUUUAAGGACCAAAAUGCGACAAGCCUUUAGGACUGAAAAAUGGCCGCAUUCGUGCAAACCAACUUACUGCU